CACCCCACCCACACCCAUCCCACUGUACAUUUGUGUGUCUGUUCGUUAUCAUAUCAGUAGGUUUUUUGAUAACAAUAUUUUGUAUUUUUAAGAUAAGACGCUAAAAAGGCCGUCAAAAUUACUUACUACUUCAAAUACAACGGCAACUUAUCCGCCACCAUGGCUAAGCCAGUACUAUAUUCGUACUGGCGAAGCUCAUGCUCCUGGCGGGUCCGAAUCGCACUGAAUCUGAAAGAGAUUCCUUACGACAUCAAGGCUGUGAGCCUGAUCAAAGGAGGUGGGGAGCAACACUGCAAUGAAUACCGGGAAGUGAAUCCAAUGGAGCAGGUGCCAUCACUUUGUAUAGAUGGUCAUACUUUAGUGGAGUCUCUAAGCAUAAUGCACUACUUGGAGGAGACAAGACCGCAGAGACCACUCAUGCCCCAAGACUGUUUCAAGAGAGCCAAAGUUAGAGAAAUUUGUGAGGUGAUAUCUUCAGGCAUUCAGCCUCUCCAAAACCUGAUAGUCCUGAUAUAUGUAGGUGAAGAAAAGAAGAAGGAAUGGGCCGGUCACUGGAUCACCCGGGGCUUCCGUGCUGUAGAGAAGUUACUGUCUGCUUCUGCGGGAAAGUACUGCGUUGGGGAUGAGAUCACCUUGGCUGAUUGCUGUCUUGUGCCACAAGUUUUUAAUGCUAGAAGAUUCCACGUGGACCUGCGCCCGUUCCCGAUAAUCCUGCGCAUCGAUCGCGAGCUCGAGAACCACCCCGCCUUCCGCGCCGCGCACCCCUCCUCGCAGCCCGACUGCCCGCCCGAGGUCGCCAAGUAACCACCAACUCAGAAACCUUACAGCUGAUAAAUUAAAAUCGAAAAAAAAAAACUUGAUAUGAUAGUCUGUGCAGAAAGAGAAGACUCAUGGAAUUUAAGGAGCCCCCACACACACCGCUUUUACCAAAUAUACUAGGGCUAUAGUGAGUUUUUUUUUCGCAGUAGGCGCUCGGUUGUCAGUGACCCUACAAUACUACGUUUCCAUGAAAAAAAUAGAACUAGAGUUUGGACGGCCAAUUUAAAAAUAGAAGUGACGUAAUGUUAGGAUUAUACUUAUGAAUCAUAUGAUGUAAGUUUUUGCAUUUUUUGAGAGAAAUUACUGAAAUUAUUAUAUGGGCUAGUGGAAUCUUGUAUUUUUAAGUUAUUGCAAUUCUGUUACUUAUUGGCUACGUUAGUUGACUAUCUUUUGUUACUAAAAUAAGUAAAAUUGUUUAAAAAAAACUUUUAGCCAGUUAAAGCAAGAAAAAAUCAUAAUAUUUAUUCAUUUUGACUUUUUGUACAUUUUUGGGGAAGGGUAUUAAUUACAAUGAAAACAUUUUAAUAACUUAUAUGAUAUAAAUCACCACUUUAAAAGAACUGACUAAAUAUACAUCAGCAGAACAUGUACUGACCAUUAAAAUUGCAUGCUUUGCCAUGAGUUUUUAGGUAUAACAUUUUUUGAUAGCCAGCAAUAAUUCAUUAGUUGUCUGUAUAUAAUAAUAAUUCUUUUUUUUUAACAUUAUUGAUAACUAGUUAUUUCGAAAGACGUCUUUAAAGCAUUUUAUUUUUUGCAUUUUACAAUUUUAUACUAAAUUGUUACUUUGUUUUCUAAUCGGAAUUGUUUUAUUUGUUAUCUUUUUUUUUCGUGGUUAGAAUAUUAUAGGCACAUUCCAUUACUAUUUUAGUGGUUGGCUAAGAUCAAGUAGUGUCGAAUUUUGUUAUUAUUAUUAUAGGGUGGUUGCUGAACUCACAAUAUUUAAUAUACUUAUACCUGGUACCUUUUUACCCUUUUACUAGCGCUCAAAAGAUAUACUUUCGUGACUUCGGCAACUCCGUUAUUUUAAGUACAAAAUUAAGUAUUUAGAAGUAUGUACAAGUUUUAUUUGGUGACAAGUAAAUAAAGUUUUCGUGAAAAAUUG